CUUCCGGGUAUGAGAACUUUGUUUACAUUCCCGAGAGCACACUUUAUAGCCAUCUGCAUGCCAUAUAAAGACACUUUACCGAUUCUUUAACCUCGGUAUGGCUUCCCAGGCCACUAUAACAAUUAAAGGAGCAUCAGCGGCCGCAAGUAUCUCGGCUCCGCGACCGAAAAAACGCCCUGGAUCUACGGCUGUGAGUGGAGCCCAGCAAAACAGCAGCAGCGGCAGUAAGAAGAAGAAAACCACUCCGAUCACUGCAUCAACUGCGCAGGCACAGAUAACAGCAGCGGAGACAGUAGCUGAUGGCUUUUUAGACGCUUCUAGUGCAGUUGCAGAGUCCACAGCAAAGCCUCCACCAUUUAAAGACCCUGCAUUUAUGCAUUCAGGCAUUGGAGGAGCAGCCGCAGGCAAAAAGAACAGGACAUGGAAGAAUCUUAAACAGAUUUUAGCUUUGGAGAAGACACUACCCUGGAAACUCAAUGACCCCAACUAUUUUAACAUAGAUGCCCCACCGUCUCUAAAACCAGCCAAGAAAUACUCAGACAUCUCUGGACUCCCUGCCAACUACACAGACCCCCAGACAAAGUUGCGAUUCACCUCAUCAGAAGAGUUUUCCUAUAUUCGCCUGCUGCCCUCAGAUGUUGUGACAGGUUACCUCACUCUCAGAAAGGCAACCUGCAUUGUACCCUGAUACCUCAGAAAGACACAGACCUUUAAGACUUUGAGUACCAUAGUUGUUAUUACUGUGUGAAUAGUCCACAUCAUUUGGGAGACCUUUUUUUCCAUUCAAAUACCCCACGACUGGUUUUCUUCUUUUGUAUUAAUUUAUAAUAAAAGUAAAAUUCUCC